CACAACUAUAGGCUUUUAUAGAGUGGCCAAAGCUCUAGCACAAUCGAUUCAAAUUUUUAUUUUUCGGUGAAGUUAGGGUUAAGAUUUCCUAGUAAAUACCCUUUUACUAUAACUAUCACGUUCAAUUUCUUACUCAAACAAAUAAUCGGUUAUUUGAAGUUCCAAUGUGCUAUUGAUCAAACAGGUUUUUCUGAAUAGAUAAUAGCGAAGCCAAUUGGUAACCGGCAGUUGUUUGCGUAUGAUAGCCGAUUGCUGAAAGCACAUUGCGAUUAGGGUCACACAGGGAUAUCUACCGGUGAGACUAAACUGGUUGUACUCGCACCAUGCCUCGUUCCUGAUCGGGUGUCGGAGAUUUUAAUCUAUCUUUGUAACUGAGCUACAAAUUGCCUCCGGAAAAACUUCCUCUCAGAGGGGAAUUAACAUAUAGUAUAACACGAUGGACAACAUAAACGGUUAGUAGUACAUUUAGUGUCCGACAUGGACAAGCCAAGAAAGCUUUCUCAGGCGAGGAAGACGAACUCACAAAGCGCAAUAAUUCAGGUUGAGCCAAAAGGGACUCCUUCAUUCAGGGAUGUUGCCCGACAGGUUUUGAUCGCGAAUUCAUUCACGAGGCGGAAGACACCGUCAACGACAUCCUCGCUAGCAUCAAGUAAACGAAACAAUGGGAAGGAAAAGACCAACGAAGUUAUACGGCCACCGAGUGUUAAAAGACGAGGGACACCUGAAAUUUUUCCCAUGUCUUCCGAAAUGAAAAAGACAUUAUUGCUACUUGGCAAAAUGGACUUGUUACCAGAAGAGGAAGAAAAGAAACAUAAAAGUGCGACCACUAAAUUUAGGCAAAAGACUAGAAUGCGCGUAAUAAAUCCUCAACGAUUUAUACGGAGCAUGAAAAGCAGUGACAACAACAAUAAUGCAGUGACUCGAAAUUCGAGCGAAAAAAUCGAAGAAGAGUCCGAGAAUUUUCAAAAUACAUCGCUCAAAAGUGAUGCUUUUGUAAAAGCCGAGCUGGCAUUAUCUGGGGAAAAGUCUGUGGAUAUUUCAGUGGAUAUUACGUUGGAUAGUAUUGAUGUAGACGAUGGGGAUAUUGAGGUCGGCGAUAAUUCUUCGAAGCAGAUGGAAAAGCGAUCAGUUAGUCCGACCCCAAGAGUAGCUCUUUCCCGCGCCAACAGCACUCAAAUUGCAGAUAGUUAUCGUAGACCCACAGCGCACAGCCUCGCAAAAACUUAUCCUUCAACUAGGAAUCACAAACCUAACAUUCGAGAUGUGGCCCUAAAACUAACUAAAGGGUCAAGCCACCCGGCUUUUGAACGGAAAAGAAUACAUCCACAAAAAAGCAUGGAAUUAACGCAAGAAAACAUGAAACAUUCAAAUGCAAUAAAUCACUGGCUCAGUGUGGAGGAGUUGACGAACGACAUACAAGAUCGGUGUUCUCGGUGGUUUGAAUUCAGAAAAAGGUUACUUGAGCAAAGUGAUUCUAUCUAAUCCUGAGAAACAUUGGCUACAGUGUAAAUGGAGUUUUGAUUAAUCCCUGAAUAAUUAAAGUUAACAUUACAGGGACCUUAAACGAUAUUUCUAUUAUUCGUAACUCAGAUCGUUUCUAAGAUAACAAGCCAUCUUUUGUGACUUUUUUUUAAUUUUACAAAGAAUAGCAGGGUUCCUGUCAGAUUGAACUAAGUCAUUCAUCUUCAUUUGUCAGGUAAAUUAAAAAUAUAAUUUUUGCUGGUGUAAAAUUAAUAAACGAGGCCUCAUUUUUCACAUAUAUGGAAUAUCAUCUGAAGAAAAAAAUAAUAAUGCAAAAUUUGCGCAAAGCAAAGUCUUUGCGUUUUUAAUAAGUGGAUGUGUGGCGGAUGUAGCAAUUGCAUCUUGCCUUGUAGGGGGCAUUUAAAGUUUUUUUUUUUUUAAAGUGUAUAUUUGGAAAAUAGAAUAAUACUCAGCAGCGUAUAGUCGAUAGGCCUUUGCUUUUAAUAAUAAAAAUACAAUUCAUGAA